AUGUUUGUACACCUGAAAGAAGAGGCUUGCUGCAGCGUGGGUCAGCCCAGCAGCAGCAGCAGCAGUAGCAGCAGUAGCAGCAGCAGCAAGCGCAGCAAGAGUAGCAGCCAGACACACAAGGCUCCUGUUCGCCUGAAGUUGAGCAGAAGCAAUAUGAAGCAGCAACAGCAGCAGCAGCAGCAGCAGCAAGCUGCAGCAGCAGCAGCAGCAGCAGCGCCUCGGGCCCUGCGCCGUGCAUGCGCAGAGGGACCAGCAGCAGCAGAGCCAACGCAGCGCGAGCUGCAGCAGCAGCAGCAGCAACAGCAAUAG